UCUUGUUGCAUCUUCAACAUUACCAAAUCUAAAAGUAAUCAAGAAAGUACAAUUUAUAUAAUACUGUUUUGUGUUCAUAAAAAAAGAAUUAUAUGAUUACAAUAAAAAUUUCUAAAAACUUAAAAAUAAAUUAAAAAAAGAAAAAGAAAUCUCCAAACGUCUUAAAGUGAGGACAAUAUUUUGGGGACCUUAACCCUUGUCGCCGCAAAAUCUCAUCGUUUAGCAAGAAGCAUAUCCCCUGAAACCGUAGGGACUCAAGAAGGAGAAGCUGAGCCACUUUCACUUUUACUUCCAUGACGUACUCAGCGGACCAAGGCCUACAGCUGUUCGCGUAGCCAGCGCAACCAUGACGAACACUUCGGCCACUUUUUUUGGCUCCAUGGUGAUGAUGGAUAACCCUUUGACGGUUGCGCCUGAGUUCGACUCCAAGCUUGUGGGAAGAGCACAGGGAAUUUAUGCAUCUGCAUCGCAAAGCGAGGUUGGUCUUUUGAUGGUUUUGAACAUGGCUUUCACUCAAGGCAAGCACAAUGGCAGCGCUCUUAGUGUUUUGGGGCGUAACCCCGUAUUUUCAACCGUGAGGGAGAUGCAGAUCGUUGGUGGGAGUGGGCUUUUCAGAUUUGCAUGUGGCUAUGCUCAGGCCAAGACUCAUUCGGUUGAUCUCAAUACCGGGAAUGCUGUGGUGGAGUACAAUGUCUAUGUCUUCCAUUAUUGAUAUUAUCAUGGUCGGAUUCUGUGGGUUUAAUUUAUAUUACUAGUACUUUUUCUUCUCUUCUAAUUUCCUUUUGCUUGUAAAGUUUAAAGUGAAAAAUACGAGGUGGGAUUGUAAUUGACUCUGUAUAAGUAAAUUAUGUAUUCUCAACCAUUAAAAGUUUAAUAUUUUAAU